AUGAACCUUUCAAACAUACCAUCUCAAACUACGAGAGACGACAAUGUUGACGAUGAACAUAUCGUUAAUGUUGAAGAAAUUGUGCUUGAAAAACAUAUCGGAAAAGGUACCUUCGGUAACGUUUACAAAGCUGUAUAUCGUUCGGAAUAUGUUGCUGUCAAGAUAGUCAAGGCAUCUGAUUGGACACAAGUAUCAAAGGAGAUUGAAAUCAUGAAGAAGUUUGGAGACAAAUAUUAUCAUCUUAUUCGUUAUCGGGGUGAAUGUCUUGUGCCCGACGGAGAAAACAACAAUAUGUACAUCUUGAUGGAUUAUGCAGAAAACGGAACCCUCAGAGACCUACUUCUAAAUGUUACAUAUCAACCAACGUGGGCAUUAACUAUACGACUUUGUUACGAUAUCGCAUCAGGAUUGUCCAACCUCCAUGAACUUGGUAUUUGGCACAACGAUUUGAAACCUGUAAACAUUUUGCUUGACGCUGGAACGAGGGCAAAAUUAUGUGAUUUUGGAUCGAGCGACUUUGAUGGAAAAUUAAACGAUAGAUUUUGUGGCACCGAAUUCUGGGCCGCCCCUGAAGCUCUGGAGGAUUAUGGCACAACUCCUUAUUCACAUGAAAAAGCCGAUAUUUAUAGCCUUGGGUUAAUUUUUUGUGCUAUAUUCCAUGAAGGUCUGAGUAAUAUUCAAGAGGAGACUACUCUAACCUCAAUAAUCACUGAACGAAACACACAACUUUCUCCAGAUGUGGUUCAGGAGCCAUUCAAUAUAGGAGUACAACAGCUAUUACAUCGUGAUCCUCAGAAAAGACCCCCAGCGCAUCAAGUUGUGACAACUAUUUGUCCGCUACUGCUUAAGGAUGAACUAGGCUAUCGCGGAGAAGAUAAUAAAAUGUUAUGUCUAGGAAUACCAGUUGAUUUUCGCGGUCAUUUCAUAUUAGAAUUCGAACCAGAAGAUAUUAUUCCCGAACCCUACAAUGAUAAUUCGCAGGUUUAUAAGGAAAUAAUUGAGCAAUUCCGAAUCGAGUUCCAGGCAAGGCGCGGAAAUUCGGCUUGGAAAAUUCUUAAUAGUAAAGAAUUUUCGAACCUUCCACAAAAACACUUUUAUCACGGUCUCAUGUAUUAUAAAGGUGUUUAUCAAGACCAAGACACUAAAAAAGCAUUAGAAUGUUGGCUCGAAGCUGCUGAUCUUGGAGAACCAAAAUCUCAUCAUAAUAUUGGACUUUGCUAUGAAUUAGGUUUGGGCUUUGAGGAGGGGAAAAACCCAGAAGAAGCUCAGAAAUGGUAUACAAAAUCUCCACUCUCACGUUCAAAAUGGAACCUAGGAAUUUUGUUAGGCAAACGUGCACAAAAAUCUACGGGAGAACAACGUCAAAAGCUUUUCGAGGAAUACAAAUCGUUAGUUCUUAACGUGGCAGAACAAGGAGAUAUUUAUGCAAUGAGAACGGUUGCAGAAAGUUACGAUAGCGGUGAACUUUUUGAGAAGGAUUACGAAAAGUCUGUUUUUUGGUUUCAGAAAUUAGCCGAUGCUGGUUUUACGUUUGCGUUAGUUAAAUUAGCAUUUGCCUACGGUGAUGGUUUAGGAGUAGAACAGGAUUCUGGUAAGGCCAAAGAACUUAUCGAGAAGGCAGCCCAAUCUGCAGAUCCGGAUGCAAAUAUGAUACUUUCCGUUGAAAAAAACGAUGAAGAGUGUAUUGAAUCUUUGGAAAAGGUAGCUCGAACUGGUAAUCCUUCGGCACAAUUCCUUCUCGGCGAACAACUUCAACUAAAGUAUGGUAACGAUCACGAACGUGCCUUAUUUUGGAUUAGAUUAGCAGCCGAAGGAGGAAACACACUGUCGCAGAAAAUAUUAGGAAAACUAUAUCUCUCCAAAUAUGAUUAUUUAAACGCAUUCUUGUGGUUUUCAAAAGCAGCUAUUAAGGAUGAAGAUUCAGCAAGAAAUAUUGCAUGGUUCUAUGAAAAAGGCAUAUGCGUUCCUCAUAAUUACGAAGUCUCGCGUGUCUUCCAUCGAAUUGCUUAUCCGACGAGAAAACGAAAACGUUCUAGGAAAACAUACAGAAGAGUACGAAUAUGUCGAAGUAAUUAUUAUAAUUAG